AGAUUUCCGCGCCGCCAACCACCCGGAAGCACAAACUUCGAAUUAUUUCCAGAAUCAAUCGACGGAACCCAUCCGUGCAACGGUCUCCACAUGAACGGACAAGACUCGCUGGUGCAGCCGCUGCUCACCGACUUCUACCAAAUCACAAUGUGCUACGCGUACUGGAAGACUGGUACUCAUAACGAGCCAGCAGUGUUUGACGUGUUCUUCCGCAAGAAUCCAUUCCAGGGAGAGUUCACCGUGUUCGCCGGCCUUGAGGAUUGUCUCCGCUUCGUCGAAAACUUCAAGUUCAGUCAAAGUGAUAUUGACUACGUGAAGAAGAUACUUCCGGAGAACGCGGAACCCGAGUUUUACGAGUAUCUAGAGACUCUGAAUGGAAGUCACUUGACUAUUGAGGCAGUCGCCGAAGGAUCCGUUGUCUUCCCGAAGGUUCCACUUCUCACGAUCAAUGGCCCAUUGGCUAUGUGCCAGCUCAUCGAGACAUCAAUUCUGAACCUUGUCAACUACGCGAGCCUCGUCGCCACAAAUGCGGCAAGAUUCCGUCAAGCAUCAGGCUGGAAGAUUCAACUGCUCGAAUUCGGGCUCCGCAGAGCACAGGGACCGAACGGAGGGUUGACUGCUAGCAAGUAUUGUUAUAUUGGAGGUUUCGAUGCCACCAGCAAUGUGCUCGCCGGGAAGUUGUACGGAAUUCCGGUAAAGGGAACCCAGGCGCACAGCUUCAUCUGCUCAUUCUCGUCGCCGGCUGAGCUCAAAGUCCGCUUGCUCAACCACAAAAUCACAAAUGAAAAGGCGGAUUUAUUCCAAAUUUCCAUGGAAAAACGAGCGUGGCUUCUCGAUCAAUUCUCGUGGAAAGCCGCACUUUCAGAAGUUUCCGAUGGAGAAUUGUCGGCUUUUGUCGCCUAUGCCAUCGCUUUUCCAGAUACAUUCCUCGCUCUAAUAGACACUUAUGACGUCAUCCGAAGUGGAGUUGUCAAUUUCGUGGCCGUUUCGCUGGCUCUUCACGAUUUGGGCUAUCGAUCAAUGGGAUGCCGUAUCGAUUCGGGAGAUUUGUCGUAUUUAUCGAAAGAGCUGCGAGAAUGUUUUGUGAAAGUUUCGACACUGAAAGGCGAGUACAAAUUCUUUGAGAAAAUGUCAAUUGUCGCGUCGAAUGACAUUAAUGAGGAGACUAUCAUGUCAUUGAAUGAUCAACAACACGAGAUUAAUGCAUUUGGAGUUGGAACACAUUUGGUUACUUGUCAGAAGCAACCAGCGUUGGGAUGUGUUUAUAAGCUGGUUGCACAAUCCGCACAGCCAAAGAUAAAGCUGAGUCAGGAUGUCACGAAAAUCACGAUUCCCGGCAAAAAGAAGUGUUAUCGUAUAUUUGGAAAGAAUGGAUACGCAAUCUUGGAUCUUAUGAUGCUGGAAGAUGAACCCGAACCACAACCCAAUCAACAGAUUCUUUGCAGGCAUCCGUUUGAGGAAUCCAAACGAGCUCUGGUGAACGCGAAUAAAAUCAUUAAGCUUCAUAAUGUGUACUGGAAAGACGGAGAAAUGAUUACACCACUUCCAACACUGAAUGAGAUCAAAGAACACGUGAAUGAGUCGAUUCGUUCAACACUUCGACAGGAUCAUCGACGAUAUUUGAAUCCGACACCUUAUAAGGUAUCCGUAUCAGAGCGUCUCUACCAAUUCCUGCAUACUCUGUGGCUCCAAAAUGCUCCAAUUGGCCAACUCGAAUAGCCGAUAUUCUUCUUAACAAUCAUUCCCCCCCCCCCCCCCCCCCCCAACAAUUCCAUGUUACUUAAAAUUCCAAAAAAUUUAUUUUAAUUUUAUUGUGUACAACGAAACUCCGAAAUUCCGGAGCAUUUUUCCCGUUUUUUUAGCUUUAAAUAUGCGUCAAAACUUGUAAAUUAUCGGAUGAAAAAGUUGAUCAUCUAAAUU